UGCAUGAUGCUGCCGCUCGCUGCCUGGGAGCGCGACUUUCAAGACUGCUGCUUUCUGAGUUGGCGAUGGAAGUCCGUGGCAAUCUGGUUGAGCGCAAAAAUCCCAUUCAUAGCUGGCUGCCUUGGUUGGCAGUUGGCAGGGGGUUUGAUGGCUGCACUCAACCUCGCAGACGAAGUUUUUGGAACCCCGUCGCGAGUCUAUUCCGGCUUGCGCCAUUCCGUCAGACAUUUUCCAGGUGUGUCACCGAAGCGAAGGAGCGGUAUAGUCUGGUAUGUCAGACUUGCAGAACGCAAACCUAUCUAAUGAAGUCGAUACUGCGCUUCACGAUCUCGCGUUGGCAUUGCAGCGCCAAACCAAUCGCUCAGUUGACCUGUAUACGUUAUAUAGGAAUUCCAUGCUGCAGCACCGCCCAGUCGGGAAGACGA